AUGGCCCUCGAGAAACCUCUAGACAAGGCAACCAAAGAUAUUCUGACGCAGUCCCACUCUGCUUCCAAAUCGCUUAUAUAUGUCAUCUACGACCUGCUUCACCUUACUGGUGGUGGGAGACAGCCAACUCCUCUUCUCGUCCAUGCUGUUUUCGAUAUCGGAAAGGGCCUUCAGACGACCCUGGAUCAGCUCCGAGGAUACGCCGGCCAGAAGUCUCUGAGCUUCGGCGUCGUUAAAGACCUAGAAUUUCCCCAAUAUGUCUAUGGAGACCUUCCCAGGCUCCAGCAAGCAGUCUCUACGCUUGUCCAAAACGCGGUGCAAAGGACUGAAACUGGUGGCGUCAUUGUUCGCCUUGGCUUGCUGUCAGCUACUGAGAAGAAUUGCGUUAUUCAGGUUACUGUUCAGGACACUGGAAAUGGCAUGUCUGAGCGUCGAUUAGACGACCUCUUUGAAGAGUUUGAGCAAUUACCCGAUGAAGACAUGUCCCAAGAGGCGUCGCCGGUGGAGGAGAGAAACCCCGUGCAAUCGGAAUGUGGCGAUCUGCCCCAAUUGAAUGUAGGGCUCGCCUUGCUAGCCAGGUAUAUAAAGCACUCUGGUGGCCAGAUUCGGGGCAAAUCCGUUAUUGGCAGAGGGUCGACUUUUGCCAUAGAGGUACCUCUGCAAAUUGCCAGCGCAUCGGCGGCUCAAUCUCUGUCCCGUUCGUCCACGUCAAGUUCGAAAUCAGGGGAGACAAGCAGGGCAGCUGCAAUUCCUGGAGCUUCCAAGCAUUCAGGGAUAAGCUCCAUGGAAACGCCGCCGGCUCUUACAGAGUUCCACUCGCACCUUGACCCGAGUAGACGCCAAAGCGAGGAAUCACGCCCCAGUAACCUUCGUUUGUAUCAACCGUCUGCGCUUCCGGAGGAGGUUCUGCAAUCUCAAGCAAUCUCGCGUGCACAUCAUACACCACCGAAAAACAGACUCACAAUCCUCAUUGCUGACGACAACUCCGUCAAUCUGUCUAUCCUGCAGCGAAGGUUGAACAAGAUGGGUCAUGAAGUUAAGACAAGCCGCGAUGGAAAAGAGUGCUUCGAGGCGUUCCAGAAACAUUGCGGCGAGGUGGACAUGGUGUUGAUGGAUCUGAAUGUGGGUCAGUGCCGCCCACAGCUGAUCGUUGCUGAUUCCCGAACGCAGAUGCCUCUUGUCGAUGGCAAACAAGCGACACUGAUGAUACGCGCAUUUGAGCGCACUGAGCGACCCCCCGAUUCCUCCCCCCAGCAGAGGCAGGACCGUAGACUUCCCCUGUCCCAGCCGGACGAAAGGGCACCCUAUCUCCCACAAAAGGCUUCCAGCUGCGCUGCCGAGCCUUUACCGCCAAGAUCAGCGGAGCUGGCUGCACCGGCCCUACUUCCUCCCGACUUAUCUUCGCUCGCAAUCUCGCAUCCAUCGCAGCUAUCAGGUGUCCGCCCAUCCAUGUCGCCACCUCUGACAAAUGCUAAUACCUUAGACGUGGGCCGGCCUUCCGAGCAAACAUCCUACUUCCCUCCAGUGGAAGGUACGCCCCCGACUUCAGAAGCAUCGUCUACUAGACCAGGUACUACAUCUCCCCUCUCUGUCACUACUGGAUCUACGUCGCACAUAUCAUACUUAGCCCUACACAAUGUAGUUGCUGCACAAGGAUCCACCACCUCGUUCGUGCCCCAAGCUCCAUCACCAGAGCUUGUGCCGCUUGCUCGCACGGCUGGCCAUACACCCAUCUUCGCCGUCUCAGCCAGUCUGGACCAACACUCGCAGGAGUCGCUGCAGGCUGUGGGGUUCGAUGGGUGGCUGUCUCAGCCAAUUGACUUCAGGCGGUUGAGCCUUGUUCUCGAGGGAACGGCAAACAUGGAGUUUAGGGCGCAGGCUACAUGUGUGCUUGACGACUUCAAGAACGGCGGAUGGUUUAUUCUCCCAAGAAAUUCGCACCCAAAGCAAAGCUAG